AAUAAUUAAAUAAUUAAAAACACGAUUUUAAAUUUGCAUGUCUCAAAAAGAACCAAAAAAUAAAACCUUCUCCACCGUUUCUCUGGUUUUGCAUCCCUUCUCGCUUCUCUGAUUUCACAUACCUUGAAGAUACUCAUAGAAGAGCAAAGGUGCCGAAUAGGUGUUCCAGCGGGUGGACAACACUGCCGGUUACCAUUACCAGCGGUAAGAAAAGACUGCCGGAUAGAAUUUCCGGCGGUAAGAACAGACCGGUAAAUAUUUCCGGCAGUUGGUUUAAGUCGUCGGGUUAUAGGUCCGGAGCCAUGUAUAAUUCCAAAGUCCAGAGCAAGUUCUCAGAUUCUAUAGUCGGGCUUCAAGAGUUCAAGUGGGUACAAAUUUCCAGCUUUUGAUAAGGUGAAAGAAAACAGCAAGUCAAAAUUUUACAAUGCUUCAAAUUCAACGAGGCGUGUUGAAGAAUGUUGGAGUUAUAGUACUCAUUGUCAUAGUGGUGACAUGUAUCUUUCAGUACAACUUGCCACCACCACCACGGAUAUGUGGGCUUCCUGGUGGACCGGCCAUAACAGCACAGAGGGUGAAGCUGAGGGAUGGUAGAUAUUUGGCCUAUAAAGAGACUGGUGUACCAAAGGAAAGUUCCAAGUUCAAGAUCAUAUUUGUUCAUGGUUUUGGCAGUUAUAGGCAUCAUGUUGCUGUUGCAGCUAACCUUCCACUGGAAGUUGUUGAAGAGUUGGGAUUAUAUAUAGUGUCAUUUGAUAGGCCUGGUUAUGGAGAGAGUGAUCCUGAUCCAAAGAGAAACGUGAAAAGCUUCGCUUUGGAUAUUGAAGAGCUUGCUGAUCAGUUAAAGCUUGGGAAUAGAUUUUAUUUAAUUGGAUAUUCUAUGGGCGGACAAACAGUUUGGGGUUCUCUCAGAUACAUUCCCCACAGGCUAGCAGGAGCAGCGCUGUUGGCACCAGUUGUGAAUUACUGGUGGAGUGGCUUCCCUGACAACUUAUGUAAUGAAGCCUUUCAAAAGCAGCCUAUAGAGGAUCAAUGGGCACAAAGGGUUGUUCACUACUUUCCCUGGCUUACUUAUUGGUGGAACACUCAAAAGCUUUUCCCUGGUUCCAGUGUUGCUGCAGGAAAAGCUGUACUCAGUCAACAGGAUAAUGAAAUUAAACUCAAGCGUAAACGUGGAAACAAUCACAGGGAACAAGUGAAGCAGCAAGGAGAAUUCGAGUCACUCCAUCGGGACAUGAUGAUUGGAUUUGGGAGCUGGGAAUUUAGUCCAGUGAACCUCACAAACCCCUUUGGAAGCAUACAAGGAUCUGUACAUCUAUGGCAAGGUAAUGAGGAUACCCUUGUUCCUGUCACGUUGCAGAGGUACAUUGCCCAAAGACUUCCAUGGAUUAAAUAUCAUGAAGUGGCUGGCGCAGGGCAUUUGUUUCCCUAUGCUGAAGGGAUGCCUGAAGCUAUUCUUAGAUCUCUGUUGGUUGAUGAGAACACUAAUAAGUAAGUAGUAGACUCUUCAGACACCACUUUAGGAUCCAUGCAGUUUGUAAAUGUGGUGUGUAACUGUGUAUGUUAGACGGAUUGUAAACAGAUUCCUGUGUUAUAAUACCAUGAAAGAUGGAAGCUUUAUUCCA